AUGUUCCGCACGAACACACUCCACAGUUACCAUUUCAUCAAAAACUUUUGUUCAAAAUCAACACCAAUCUCUUCACCAACUUCAUCUGCUUGGAGAAUCAAAGCCAAAGAACGCCAAUUAAUCUCACAAGUCUCCUCAAUCCUCCUUCAAAGACACAAUUGGCAAUCCCUUCUCAAAACCCUUUACCUCUCUCCUAAAUUAACCCCAACAAUCUUCCUUCAAAUCCUCCACAAAACCCAAGAAAACCCCCAAAUUUCCCUCAAUUUCUUCAACUGGGCAAAAUCAAAUCUUGUUGGGUUUCAACCAGACCUCAAAAUCCACUGCAAAAUCUACCAGAUUUUAAUCGGGUCGGUUGAAACCCACCCAGUUAAACCCAUCUUGGAUUCGUUCAUUGGGGUGGAGCCAUCAACCUAUGUUGUGUGUUCUAUGAUUCAAGCUUGUAAAGGUACAAACUUGCACCCUCUUGCUUUUAGUUCAAUUAUAGAGUGCUAUGCUGAAAAGGGAUUUUAUUUUGAUGGCUUAAAAGUGUAUAGGGAAAUUAUAUCAUAUGGUUAUUUACCUAAAAUUAGUUGUUUGAAUGUUAUGCUUGAUGUUCUAGACAAUACUGGUGAGUUCAAAUUGGGAUAUUGUUUAUAUGGUUCAAUGAUUCGAAACAGGAUUGUGUCAAAUAUGAAUACUUGGACUGUUAUUGCUAGGAUUCUUUGUAAGAAUGGGAAAUUUGACAAUGUUGUUAGGCUAUUGGAAUCGGGUGUUUGUAAUUCGGCUAUUUUCGAUUUAGUAAUAGAUGGUUAUAGCAGAAUUGGUAACUUUGAAGCUGCAAUUGAUCAUGUAAAUAAGAUGUGUGAAAGGAACCUUGAGGCGGGGUUGUUCACCUAUGGCUCUAUUCUUGAUGGAGCUUGUAAACUCGGGGAUACAAAUGUUAUUGACUUGAUUUUGUGCGCGAUGAGAGAAAGGAGAUUGCUUCCUGACUGUCUGUUAUUGGAGUAUGAUGAUGUUAUUAGGAAGUUUUGUGAAAUGGAGAAGUCGUAUGCAGCUGAAUUUUUGUUCAGUAGAGCACGCGAUGAGGGAGUUAAACUGGAAGAUGCAACAUUCGGGUGUAUGCUAAGAGCAUUUUGCAAAGGAGGGAGAGUAGAUGAAGCAAUUGGGUUGUAUCAGAUAAUUUCAAAGGAGAAUGUUGUGAUAAAAAAGAGUUAUUAUCAAGAAUUGGCCGAAAGUAUUUGCAAGGAAUCGCCCUCAGAACUUGCAAACCAAUUGUUGAUACGUUUAAUUACGAAAGGGUUUUUCCCUUCUGUAACAGGAGUUUCCAAGUUUAUGAUGAAGCUAGGUGAGAAAUUAGAUAAAUGGAACGAAGCAGAAGCUCUAUUGAGUGUAAUGUUACAAGCAGAUAUAGUGCCCGAUUCUGCUUGUUGUCGCGUAUUAGUUAAGAAUUACUGUUCUUCAGGUCAGAUUGAUUCGGCACUCUUAUUGCACAAUAAGUUGGAUAAAUCAGAUACAAUAUUAUGGGAUGUUACGACUUAUAAUAUACUCCUUCGUAAACUGAUUACAGAAGGGAGGGUUGAUGAAGCAGUAAAGAUAUUCGAGUUCAUGAGAAGUAAUAUUGUAGUGAAUAGGGCAAGCUUUUUAGUAAUGAUCAGCGGAUUGUAUCAAGUAAAGGAAAUGAGGAAAGCUAUGGAAGUUCAUGAUGACAUGUUAAGAAUGGGAUUCAAGCCGAGUUCAAAAACUUACAAAAGCUUGAUAUCUGUUUUUAGAUGAUGGCUUGAGAUUGCUACAUAACCAGCAAAGUAGCGGCUAUCCUGACUUGUUCCCUUCAUUGAACUUGAAGUAAAUUGGAGAAAUAUCCCUAUUUUCUUCAGAGUAGGAUAGUGAGAAAUAUCCCUAUUUAUAACUCUUGUUCUGUGCUGUUGUACAGUAGUGUUCUUUGCUUCUGCCGAGACCUAAGUUUUCAUGGAAGCACGUUGUUUUAUUCGGCGUUUGGAAAACGGAUAAGGAAGCUCUAGUUUUUCAGGACUUCUUUGUUGGUUUAAACUUUAGUGAUAUGUGAAUUGAUAGCCUGAAGUUUUACUAAUUGCAAUGUCAUAUUGUCAUCUACAAGUUUAAGAAUUUGUUAGGUAAGAAGUAAUGGGGUAUAUAAUAUUACUUUUCUUGCACAAAACCUUCAUAAUUUUCAUGUUAUCCCCGUUUCAUAAACACAUCUUAUCAGAAAUUCUUGGGCAACUUAGGAACACCUCUUUUUAGAUUACUGAUUUUUACCUCUAGGUUUUUCGUCUUUUGGACCUUUAGAUCUUCCCAUAGGUACUCUUAAUUUCUACCUAUACUUUUGAAAGGGAGACGAAUCUAAGGUUCAUUUCUUCUAAGCAAGGGGAUUUAAUACAUCUUCCUUCCCUGUUUUCCCAGAAGCUCAAUUUCAAACCGUGAAUACGGAGAUUUUUAAAUCCAUCUCAAACCUAAAGAAACUUCUGGCCUAGCUGAGUGGAUAACUUAAUUUCCUACAUCAUGUAUCACUGGCUUCGAGCUAUUCUUUGAUCAGUACUUUUUGUAUUUUUAAAGCCACAUUUUUCCAAAUUUAUCUUCGACAUUUCCGGUUACAAAAUUUAGCAUCUUCGUUGAACAACUCCAUCGCCAAGUUCUUCGACUUUGCCGUACCGAUCUGAAUCCAAGCCAUGUCACGAAUUACGAUGUCAACACUCCUCACGUUGUCGUCUCCCUCAUCGUCAUUUUCGCGGUGGAUAGUGUGGUUGUGUCCUUCAUCCCAACCAUCGAUUUCGACUCGGAGAAAGUCGGAUUCAUCCGCCGGCGAAGGGUCGGUGGAGUUCAGAUGUCUAGGUGGGGCGAUGUUGAGUAGGUGGAGGAGCGUCGUCUUCUUGCGCUACCAGAGCAGUAUGAAUGUUGUUCCUGAAUCUGCAGGGAGCCUUUGAGUCAAGGAUCUGUUUCAUUUUUGUGCAGGUAUCUCUUGUAUGUAAUGAAAGUGGGCACUCUAACAAAAGAUUGCUUGGAGCUUGUUCUGGAUUUGCUUAUGUCGGCUAUAAAAGCCAGGGUGAAGUAAGUAGUGAAGAAAUGCCAAAGAUGUACGUAAUGGAAGAAGUGACAAUGGUCGAACCAAACACAAACAUGGUGCAUAAUAAUGGGAAUAUUCAUAAACCAAAGAUGAUGAUAAUGCAAUUUGUUGAUCAACAAAAUAAUAAGGAAGCUAAUUCUAUGGCGGCAACAACCACGUCGACUACGUCGUCGUCGACUGAGUCUGGUCUGAGAUGCGCCGAUGAGGGCGAAUACUGUAACACCCUCUUUGGAAAUAGUUGUUGCCCUGGUAUUGAUUGUGUUCAAGGACCUUUUGUAGGUGGUAGGUGCCAUAAAUGGUAACUAAUUAAGAGCAUUAUAUAUAUAGCAUUAUAUAUGCUUAGUUUAGUAGACAAAUCAACGAAGUUGAACAUGUAAAUUAAAUAACGUGCACCAUAUAAGAUGUGCAUGUCUCUGUACGUGUGUAAGUUUAAUAAUAAUAAUAUCAUGAAAAAAAUAAAGACUAGCUUUCAUGAGAA